AUGUUGAGGCUGUUUCCUUCCAUGGCGUUGUCCCUCUGCCGGAUUUUCAAAUAUAAGAGAUCGAAAAAGCAGCCUCUAAUGACGAGUUUCCCCAUCACCAAGAGAAAGCGCGCUACGCGUGCCAAGUUUGCUAAAGUGCGAACUGGAUGUGUAACUUGCAAGAAACGUCAUGUCAAGUGCGACGAAACAAAGCCCGCUUGCAGGAACUGUAUCAAAUGGGCUGGGUUCUGUGGCGGUUACGAACCCAUUCACACUCAGCCCAAGGGGGCGGCCGUCAAAAAGAAUCUCAUUGCACUUCCCAGCGUCGACAUGGACGUCACCUCCUCUCCGGAAGAGCUGGAGAUAACGUUGAAUGACUAUGACUACUUCUGGCAAAUGCACACCCCGGAAACCCUUUCUCCACCCACGUCGAUUGAUUCUCAGACUGGGCCCUUGGGCUUAUAUCAGAGUUAUGCCUCGCAGCCUGAUGUGCCACCACCAUUCACAACUGUGAAAAGCACCGCAAAAUUCAACAGCAGUUUUUGGGACUAUACUCUCCCUUAUUUGAUAGAGAGCAACGCAGCAAUUCGGUUCGCCAACCUUGCCGUCCACGCGCUUGUUUUCGCCAAGAGCCCUGACCUUGCCCUCGACAAUAACCAGGUGGCGCAAGACUAUUACGGGGAAGCGCUGAUGUGCUACGGGAUGGCUUUGCAAGAGAUCAUGAAGGCAACGGCGGGUCGCGCUAAUCUGCGAGAAGCCAUUGUGUGUUGCAUAUUUUUCGUCAUCUUCGAGACGCUCAAUGAGGAUCGAGAAGCUAGUCAGGCUCACUUGCGAAGCGGCCAAAAGCUGCUCGGUGAGCUAGACCCAGAGUGCAACGAAGCCGAAGACUUCUCCGCAGAGCUAAGAAACGUCUUGAGGUAUCUGGGACAACAAGCCCGAGAGCCGGGACCGUAUGGGAGCAACCCUUUUGCUGCGGACGAGAGGGCCAGCGUUCUGGAAAGCCUUGUAUUUUGA